UAAUUGUCAGAAACGGGCCUGAUCAUGAACGUCAGUUUCUUUUGAUGCCAAAUACUCGGACAUUGCUCCAUUCGUUGGCCUGCAACCUCGGUCCUCUACGGAAAUUCGGUAAUGCUCCCUCGUUCCCAAAUUCAUACUACGCUUUUCAAAGACAUCACGAUGGAUAUGACUGUUUUACUGAUUCAACAUGGUACUUUUGCAAAACCAUACCACAGGAGAAGCCAGAUCACGCUUCCUUACUCCUAUCUUCAAUCGCGCGGUAACCCAGUUUGGUACUUCUGUCCAGAACAGUUCAGAGUUCAUGCACGGCAUUACAACAAGACGCAGGAUUGUAUAUCAUUUUGGGACAUCUGGCGCCCCACGGCCGUUUACGUGGAGGCCAAACUGCAAAUCGGAAGUGAUGAAAAUCGUUUGAAUGCCGUUGCCCUAGUGAUGACGGAAUGUGACGGUCAGGCAUUCCUUUAACAUAGGAGUUCUCAUCAUGUUGUCGAACCCACAGCUUGCGACUGGAGCAACAUGCAAGUCAAUAUUUUUAUGUCGAUCUACAGCAUGCUCUGCGACAGA